AUGAACGAUUUGUUAAGAGGAAUUACUCCAAAUAACAAUCUUUAUGAUAUUCAAAGCGUUAUCGGACACAUUUUAUUGGUUGCGGACAUGUGCUUUUUUGUGACUGCGAUUAUAGACGCUCAGAUGAAUUAUGAAGCUGUAUUUCAUUCUUCGUGCUCUCUUGACGUCGCCAAUAUGUCUAUUGAAGCUGCAACCACUCUUGGAUAUAUUAUUAGACUAAUAUUUACAGCAAUACUCUUAUUAACUAAAGUGGUUAAUCUCUACAAGUUUAUAGCCAGAACAAAUGUCUUUCCGAAAAUUGGAGCUCUUUAUGCACCUUUUAUGUCAACUGUGCUGCUGACUGUAAUUAUCUAUGAUUUUGAUAGUUGCAAUGAAGUGAGCAGUAUUUUCAGCUUAAAGUCUUCAACAGAUUUAUGCAGUGCAUACAGCGCGAUUAUUUUAGCUGUGCUUGCUGGACUUUUUACCAUUAAAAUUGUGACUCUUGUUCAAAAGAGAGCUCAGCGUUACAAAAUAUUCACAAUUUUAACUUUUAUACUAACGUUUGGCAUAAUUGUUGGGUCUUUAAUUGGUCUGAUAUCAGAAAUUGAAAUAUUAAGAAAAGACAAAGUUUAUACCUUUGUGCUUUUUGACUUAUAUAGCUUUUGCAUAGCUAUAUUCUUUAUCCUAAUUUCAGUUGAAAAAAGGUUUGAAAGCUACCUAAGGCGUAUUCAGCCUAGCUAA